UGAUGGGUUUCCGCCUUGCGGACUCGAGAGAUACCAGUGGGCUUUGCGCAACUUGAGGCAUCCAAAUAGAAGCAGACGUCUUGACCUUCGUCAGCAUCCGCACGCACAGCGGAUUUGCUAGCUUCCCUUCUCAUCCCUUUCCUAUCCCAAUCCUGCAAAGCCGGCAGCCAGCAUUAUACUAAUACCAAUCUAGAUUCGAUUUACUCCUCAUCUAUCACCAUGUCUAAGACCAAGUCCAGCGACAAGUCCUCGAAGAAGGGCAGCGCCAAGAAAGCCGAACUUUCCAGCGUCAAGGAAGGUCGUGUGACUAAGCCUACCCAAUCCUCGAAGGCAAACAGCAAGAAGAUCGCCAAAUCUGCUGCCAGUAGCCUUUCAAAGAAGAAAUCCAAGAAGGUGCCUACUCCCGAGCCUGAGUCCGACUCUAGCUCCAGCUCCAGCGAAGACGAAGACGACAGCUCCGCAAGCGAGAGCGAGGAAGAGGUUGAUACCAAAGCACCCGCCAAGGCUAAGGGUGCGAAGAAGUCCGCUGAGGAAUCUGACUCUGAUUCGUCGAGCGAUGAUUCUUCCAGCAGCAGCGAUGAGGAGGAGGAGGCCCCGAAGGUCAAUGGCAAUGCCAAGGCUGUGAAGAAGGAUGCCUCUGACUCUGAAAGCUCCAGCGAUGAUUCUUCAAGCGACAGCAGCGAGGAUGAGUCCGAGGACGAGAAGCCAGCCACGAAGAAGACUACAGCCAAGGCCGAGGCAUCUUCCGAAGACUCUGACGCGUCUAGCGAUUCCGAGUCCGGUUCCAGCGACAGCGAGACCGACAGUGAUAGUGAGGAGGAGGCACCAUCCAAGAAGAGGAAGGCCGAAGCUGAGGCUGAGCCUGUUGUUAAGAAGACCAAGACCGAGACCGCCGCUGCCCAGGGUGAAGAGGAGAAUGGCAACCUGUUUGUCGGUAAUCUCUCCUGGAAUGUGGACGAGGAUUGGCUUCAGCGCGAGUUCUCCUCCUUCGGUGAGAUCGAGGGUUGUCGUAUCGUCACCGAUCGUGACUCUGGUCGCUCCAAGGGUUUCGGAUACGUCACCUUUGUCUCUGGCGCUGAUGCUAAGAAGGCACAGAAGGAGAUGCAUGGAAAGGAUUUAGACAACCGCGCCUUGAACGUUGACUUUGCAACCCCACGACAGAACAACCAAGGUGGUGACAAGCCCAACGCUCGCGCCCAGAAGUUCGGUGACCAGCGCAGUGCGGAGAGCAACACCCUCUUCAUCGGCAACGUCUCUUUCGAUGCUACGAACGAUCUGAUUUCCGAGGCCUUCUCCGCCUAUGGCGAGAUCACUCGUGUCUCGCUGCCGACCGAUCGUGAGUCUGGCCAGCCAAAGGGCUUCGGCUAUGUCGAUUUCACUACCGUUGAAGAGGCCAAGGCUGCUCUCGAAGCUCUCAACGGCGCUGAUAUUGCUGGCCGCGCCAUCCGCCUAGACUUUGCCUCGGCCCGCCCCCCUCAGAACGGUGGCGGCUUCGGAGGUGGCCGCGGCGGUGGCCGUGGUGGUGGCCGUGGUGGAUUCGGCGAUCGCGGCCGCGGCGGCCGUGGAGGUGGUCGCGGCGGUGGUCGCGGUGGAGCUCGUGGUGGAUUUGGCUCUACCAACCGUGGUGGCUUCGGCGACUUCUCUGGAAAGAAGGUCACCUUCUAAGCUGUGUAUGCUUGUCAACGAAAACACCAGCCCGACCUCGCCUAGGUGGCCAGUCAGCGUCGCGAGCGUAAGUGAAAUGUAGGUUUAUGUAUUGUCGUCACAUGCUGCUCCCUGCGUGACAAUGAGAGACCAAAGUGAUGUGGUAUGCAGCUAGGGUAGCUCUCUUUGGUUUUCCGGACUGGCGUAGUAUAGGUUUUCA